ACCGCUGUGAAAUAUCCGCCAAUGACGUCGAACGCUCGAUAAUCACGUCUUUCGUGAGUGUAACACGCAAGUCACCGUUGUGGUAUUCGCGGGUCUGGUGCGAGAGGAUACGAGAAUGUUGCCGAAAAAGCGGGCGGAUCGGCUGGGAUUCGAUCCGAACGCGUGGCGCCGCGCGCCCAUCACGCGCAACAGCGACGGGGCCGUGCAGCUGCGCACAUUAUUUGUCGUCGGAGUUGGAGGCAGUUGUGUAUUCAAUCUCAGAUUAGCUUGUUCUGUUGAUCGCACCGGGCGGCUUCCAGAACAGAUGCGCCGUCUGCACACGGGCAAGGGGCAGCGGAAGAUUCCAGACGGGAUAUCGAUGGACCAAGUCCGUGUCCCUCGCACUCCUAACCCAACGGCCCGCCGCACAGGGAAACAUUCGCCCGACGUUGCGACAAUCCGCUUCCGUUCUCGUCGCACACCACCCCGGCUCAUUCGUCCUUCUUGGGCGUCCCUCCGCACGCGCCUCCGCCAGUUGACGUUUACUGACCCGAUUCCCCAGGCAGGGUUGCACACACUCCCAUCCCGCACCUCGUCCUUUGUUCCGCCGCGCCAGACGUCCAGGUCUCUUGACCAGAGUGUUUCGCGAAAUGAUCGCUCCCACGCUCAUGCUGCAUGCUUUGGGCCCGCAGAUGCGGCUAGACGUAAACGAAGGUGGAACAAUCUAUCUCCAGCCUACAACGUCAUUCGCAUCCUUAAAAUGUCCAGACAUCCGCUGCAGCUCCCUUCGUUUCUCCGUCCCUUUCUCCCGCACAACCUUGCGAGCUCAGGAUCAACUUCAAACAUCUCAGAAUUGCCAUGAGCCGCAAGCUCACAAUCGCCAUCUGGUAUGUGUGGCC